AUGGAGAAAAAACAUGAAGAAGCUUCUUGCACUGAGGCGCGUAUCGAGCGGCCAUCACGAGGUGUGGGAUCAGCAGGUGGAGAUUCGACUGGAGGAAGUGGUUCUAGUCGCAAUAAUGUGGUCGUGAAGGUCGGUAUGGUGGGGGAUGCGCAGGUAGGCAAGACGAGUCUCAUGGUCAAGUACGUCGAGGGCAAGUUUGAUGAGGAUUAUAUUCAUACAUUGGGCGUCAACUUUAUGGAAAAGACCAUCGCUUUACGAAACACCGAGAUUACAUUCAGUAUCUGGGAUCUAGGAGGUCACCGUGAGUUUAUUAGUAUGCUGCCGCUCGUGUGUAAUGAUGCCGUGGCCAUUUUGUUCAUGUUUGAUCUGUCCCGAAAGGCUACACUCACUAGCAUUAAGGAGUGGUAUCGACAAGUACGAUCUAUUAACAAGAAUGCGUUCCCGUUUCUUGUGGGAAUGAAAUACGACCACUUUGCCAACUUUGCCAUGGAAGAGCAAGAAGAUAUUACAAAACAAGCUCGCAAGUUUGCCAAGGCCAUGAAGGCACCGCUUAUUUUUACGUCAGCGUCGCACUCCAUUAAUGUGCAGAAAGUGUUCAAGGUAGUGCUCAGUAAGGUGUUUGACCUCAAGUGCACGGUGCCCAUCAUCGAUCGCGUUGGUGAUCCGAUCCUACAGUACUAA